AUGUGUACGUCGAUAUGUGAAACACCUACAACCUACGUUACAGUUGAUGAUCAAUACAAUUUAACCCCAAUUGAAGUUGUAUUCAGAAAAAAACAGACUUUAGAUAAUGAUGGUAAAAAUCCACAUUUAUACGACUCGAAACAUAACGAAUCUCUAUCUAAACAUAAAAAUAUGGGCAUUCUAGAAAAAACAAAGCAAAUGUAUGAAACACGUGGU